AUGGCCCAAAUUCCCCCCUACCCACUCUACAACAGGACGUACAACCUGUACCGCCUAUCCCCGCUCCACUGCCACGACACGCCCCUCCUGCUAGAAGCCUCACUUCGAAUCCAUGCCAAGAGACUAAAAGAACAACUCAAGGGCGACAAUGUGCGAGGCGUACAGGUCGACUUUCCCGGCGCUGAGGAUACCGCGAAAUUGGGGCCGCUGGAGGAGUGCAACUGGGAGCUGAUCGGAGAUGAGGAUGCCUGGAUUGACCGACAUCGCCAGUCCAUGGACCCCGAGGCGUCACAAUUAUCCUCCAUCUCCCAACUCACUCCAAACCGCGCCCGUGGACUAGAAGUGAGCCUCGAGUACGAGAAGCAGACAUACAAUGCGCUCCUGCUACGAGACCCGGGCGUCACCUCUUCUCCGAAGGGUUUCACAUCCCUACCAUUGUUGCUUGUGAAGAUGCCCGCUCCAGUACGUGACAUCUUCUUGAACUACCUCCGAUCGGCCUUCGAUGCCCAUGUUGCACCCUUGAGGCUGCCUCCGCCAGUCAUCACUUCGGGUCUCGAGACAUACUUCAAGCACCUCACAGCGAGGCAUUCGACUCAAUCCAUACAAAACAUCAUAAGACAGCUGCAUAUUCAGUUGGCAUUCACCAACACCACAACGCUCCUCAAACACAUAGAGAUCACUAUUGCAGGUGCCGACAUAUCCGGUUUUGUCGACCGAGGCAGGCUGCUUAAAGAUACCUACAACAAGCCCUUCACAGCUGCUUUAUCCGCCUACCUUAAACAACACCUCACUCUCGAUAUUUCGCACCCCAAAGUCCACAUAUCCCGAAUAUCAUGCAACAGCUUCCACCUGGGCACUGAACGCCUCAAACUCGUCGCACCCGACCCCCUUGCAGAUACAUCCUUUUCCGACGAAGGCGGUACAUCACAAGACGCAAGUGCAAGUGAGCUUGCUGUUCAAGAGCUCUAUACAUCUUUGGUCAGAGAGGCUGCUGGCAGCGGAAAGUUCCUUCCCGAGGACAUGGCCAAAGCUUCUAGGGAAGAGACACUGUCACCUACGGCGAGUGCCCAAGCGGGGCGCAGGAAGAGAGCUAUUAGUACCGCUGCUGUUGAUAGCAACAAUAAGAAGACAAAGGGAAGAGGGAAACAGAACGGCCAAAAGGUCAACGGGAAUGACGACAUGAUUGGUGUCUAG